UCCAAAAUGGUGUCUUUAGAAAAAAAUUCCAAAAAAUCUCACUAAAUUUUGUCGUUUUCUCCCAUUCUCCGUUAACGAAAAACAUUGAUAUUUGGUCCGUAUGUGUUGCGGUUGUUGGGGAAUCAAUUGAAACUAUGGACAAGCUGAGCAUUAUAUCCGGGGCGCUGUUUUUCGCAGCUGAUGUCUUUGCUAUUGCAAGUCUUGCAAUGCCAUUUUGGAUUGUCUCAAACAUUGGCGGUGUUACGAAUAUUGGCCUCCUGAAGACAUGUCUCACAAUCCACCAUCGGUCAGAAGUAUGCUACACACCAGAACCCAUCCGGGCAGAAUGGAUGUUCACAUUCAUCUGCAUUCUUUUUGGGAUAUUUCUAGUUACAAUCACAAUAGUGCUUCUUGCGAUAUCUUACUGGAAAUAUACUGUCAUGAAGUAUGCAAGGUGGCUGGGUUUCGUAGCAAUGGUGCUCUUCUGCUUGGCGGCAGUCAUCUUCCCCAUUGGCUUCAACAUGGACCAGAUUGGUGGCGAACCUUAUCAGCUUCCGAAUAACUUCCAAGUAGGAAUAUCGUACAUAUUCUUUGUUCUGGCUUUAUGGAUCACUGUGGUAUCAGAACUCUUUGCUGGCAAAGUGUGUUUACCUCAUUUCUAAGACUGUGUUUGAUGUGUAGGACUUCAUGCUAAAAGUUGAGAUCAGAUCUUCAUUUCAAGACUUUGGAAUCGAGAUGGACUUUAUCAUCAAGGAAACUGUAAGGAAGAAAAGAUGUCUGGAUUCAUGUCUCCAUUUUUCAGCGGGCAUGAAUCAAAUGGUUAUAUUGCUGCAAAUCAUGAGAAUUGUAAAAUAGAAGUUGGAAUGCACUUGUCCCUCUUGGGAAGCGGAAAAACGUUGUCCAGUUUUGUGGUUGCAAAUGUAACAAAUCUUACAGGUCUUAUCCUGUAUUAGCUAGUCAUGUCCUUGUGUAACGAUAUUAUUAUUGGAUGCUAAAGACAAUUUCUUUGUAAUUGUUGUGGAUAGAUUUUGCGUGGUUUAUUCCGAGGAGUACUGUAAAUAUUUUGUAAAUGGUGGGCACUGCAGUCAUCUAAUCUUCUACAUGUAUGUGCUUUGUGAAUUAACUUUGUAAUAAAGCUGUUUUUUGUGAA